ACCUUUUUGUACAUUUUUUUUUACUUUAGUUUUACUUUUUUUAAAUUAGUUCUGAAUGUACAUUCCAUUCAGUUUCUUAGGGGAAAGAUGAGUUGACUACAGUUCCUAGCUAUAGUUACUGAAAACAUACCACCCCAGGGACAACAUUUCCACCUCAAAACAUACAGUUUAUUACCUUUCUUUCUGACAGUGUUUGCUUGGUAUGAGAAAAACAUCUAAAACGUAAAAGCUUAUGCACAGCACUGGCCGUUUAAUUGGAAAUUAAAUCGGCAUUAAUUACUAUACAGCCAGUGCUGAACUUUCAGUAUCAGAAACUGGCAGCUGAAAGUUAACUUAUAUUUAAUAAUGGGUGGGAGUUCUUAUUACUGACUGUCUUAAUACUGAAUCAUCUUAACGGACACUGUUGUGUCCCAGUUGUUUGUAUAAUGGCCAAACAGUAAGUUUAAGUUCAUGACAGCUAUUUUAUCUCUUUAUGAAAUGCAUGAUGCACAUGCCCAGUCUUGCCCAGCCUACUGCAUGUACAUGCCUGUUUGUUUUUUCUGUAAAGCUGAGAAGAAGGUUCACAGCAGAGUACAGUAGUCAGUUCAUGUAGAUUAUUAAUAAAAAAAACGACACAUUAAAAUGAUCAUGGAAUACAAGAUACGUCGAGCUCUUGCCUGCCUCUGUUGCUGUCUGCUGUGCUCAGCUGGAGAAGAGGUUGUCAGACUGCAGGAGCUGGAGGGAAACACUGUAACCAUCCAUACUGGAUUAACUGGAGUUCAGAGUGAUGCACGGAUAUUGUGGUUUUACGGACCUGAGACUAUAAAUAGCAAUAUAGUGGACAGCCAGGUCAUUGAUGGAAACACUAGUACAGAUUUUUACAGAGACAGAUUCAAAGACAGAUUGCAGCUGAACAGAACCAGUGGAUCUUUAACCAUCAGUAACAUCAGCAAAGAAGAUUCUGGAGUUUAUAUAUUAGAGGUCAUUGCUGGAAACACCUCAGUCUGGAGUUUCAGUGUAAAUGUAUGUGCUCCAGUAUCACAGCUGAGCGUAAGAAGUCAAUCUUCUAAGAAACCCCAAAAGUCACUGGCUGCUGUUUUGACACCUGUUGGGCUUGAGAUUGUCGCUAUAUCUUUAUUAAUAUUUAUGUGGUUCUGGAAAAAAAGAUCAAAGGAAAAGGGUCAGAAGGAAGAAGAUAAAUCCAACGGAAGCUCAUGAGGGAGCAGCGCUGAAGUGACAGAAGAGCAAGACCAGAGUGACCCAGUGAAACAGCUAUCAGGAUGUAACUCUGUAUUUCUGCAGCAGUAAAUCCUUAUUCUUUAGUACUUAUACAUUCUUUGCUGACCGCUGCCUUAUUUUGUUUAUUAUAGCCAUUUUUUGUAGUGUUUGCUGACCACUGCCUUGUUUUAUUUAGUAUAACCUUUUUCAUAGUUUUUGUAUAUUUUUUGCUGACACCUGCCUCAAUUUAGAUAGUAUGUGGAAUGUUUUUUAGAGUUAGCCCAAAUCAAUUACUGUGUACCAGCAUGUACAAAAUUAAUUUCUGUAAAUAAUAUUAUUAAAUUUAAAAAAAACCUCCUGCAUUUGCUUGACAUGUUCUUUCAGCUUUUAAUUUUACAUCAUUGUAACACUGUACGAGGGUAUUGUAUUGAUAUUUGUGUUAAUAAAGUGUUUUUGAAGGUGGAACUGAUAUUGA